AUGAGGGCUUCUCAGCUUCUCUCACUGUCCGUUUCACUGCUUGCUGGCCUCCCAGGAGCUUUGGCUACGCUUGUGUCCACGGGCUUGUCAGUCACAUUGAACGAUGUUUACUACUACAUCUCGCCUUUCGCUGCAGGGAACCUGACGGUAAGCGCCUCGAACCUAUCGAAGCUGCCCAGCAUCUACGGAUUCCGACCUGUCACCGUGGUACAAGGAGACGUCGCUCUUUCUGCUUUGCCGGAUCUUUUUAGCAAAUGGAGUACUGCCGAUGAUGUAUUCCAAGCCGGUUUCGCAGAAGCAGUGUUCUUGGCCGGGGCGUCAGGCACCUGCAAGACCAAGUCGGUGGUGAUCAACGACGUUUCGGCCUUGAUCUUGCCCUUAGACUCAAAGACUAUCCCUUCGGGGCCGUACUUCCUGGAGGAGGCCACCGGAGUCCUCUAUCCUGUGUAUAGGCUCUAUGAUGAUUUCGCGGGAGCCUUCACUGAGUCGUUGCUUCAGACUCCAGAGGGCAAAUUCCAGCCCUUGUCGGCUCAGGUCCCAGUAAGCGCAACAUUGACCAUUGGCGUGCCCUCUCGUCUGUACUACACAAAGACAGCCGACAAGCCUCUUGCGGGAGUACGUAUUGGUAUCAAGGACAUCUACGCACUGGCUGGCGUCAAGCAGUCGAACGGAAAUCGAGCAUGGUACAACCUCUACCCGCCUAACGAGAUUACUGGAACUGCCGUUCAGAGACUCAUCGAUGCUGGAGCUCAGAUUGUCGGCCUCCAAAAGCCAUCGCAGUUUGCCAAUGGAGAACAAGCUACAGCCGAUUGGGUUGAUUAUCACUCGCCAUUCAACCCCAGAGGUGAUGGGUACCAAGAUCCUUCGUCCUCAUCCUCCGGAGCGGGUGCAUCAAUUGCUUCGUACGAGUGGUUAGACGUCGUGUUAGGUUCUGACACUGGGGGGUCCAUUCGUGGUCCUUCAGGUGUUCAGGGUGUAUUUGGUAACCGGCCUUCACACGAUCUCGUUGAUCUUGACCACGUAAUGCCCUUGUCGACGGCAUUGGACACGCCUGGCUUCUUGACCCGUGAUCCAUACAUCUGGGACGUUGCCAACUCUGUUCUGUAUGGCGACAAGUACAAUUCUCUCGUCUCUAGCACGCCGAAGUACCCCAAGACCAUUUACACCCUCAGUUGGCCAACCAGCCCUUCUAGCGCUGCGAACACCAUCCUGAUCGAGUUCCUCGAGAAGCUGACAACCUUUGUGGGAGGCACUGCUACAGCUUUAAAUCUCAAUACAGCUUGGGACGCCUCCAAGCCAGCUGAGGUUGGCACCACAACCUUGUCACAGCUGCUGAACGUAACUUAUGCGACAUUCAUUAGCAAGGAGCAGACCUCGCUUGUUCGGGACCCGUUCUAUGCCGACUACGCUGCUGUCCACGAUGGGCGUCUGCCGUUCGUCGACCCAGCGCCUCUUGCAAGAUGGGCAUAUGCCGACAGCGUCCCAGCAUCAGCAUUAGAUGACGCCAUCACCAACAAGACCAUCUUUAUGAACUGGUGGAACAGCGAGAUUCUCCCACCUGUUGACGAUCCAUUGCAAUGCUCUUCUGGGUUUGUCCUCUACGCCGGAAACAGUGCUCGACAGAACCCGCGCAAUCAGUACAUUAGCUCACCCAGCGUCCCAUUCGGCUUCUCAUCUGGGCGCAUUAGCGUCUUCUCCGAGUGUCCAGACAAUGUGUUCCCUAUCGGCCAAGCAGCGAGCCACAGUGCCAUCACCAACCAUGAUGAGUAUUUCCCCGUCGCUGUCGACAUCCUCGUUGCAAAAGGGUGUGACGGUCUGCUGGUCAAGCUUGCACAAGACCUUGUAGAGGCGGGCAUCAUUGCCGUACCUAAGGUAGGCUCAACCAUUACUGGCGGUGACAUUCUAAUGAAAAAACGUGCCGAGGGGCUUGGGAUCGAGAAGAUUCGAUAUGUGGGCUAG